AUGUUCGUUAUCGUUUGUUCUUUGAUCGCUUCAAAUCUUAGUGAGAGAUCCUCUAAUAAAAUUAACAUUCAGCUUUCGCAUUCUUCGAAACCAAGUCGGAUUAACAAUUUAUUGGGUGGAAGAUUCUUCAGAUUGACCAUUCAGUAUACUGUACAUGUUGCAAUGACUCGAAUAGGAAGAUUAUCAACACAUAGAAUACUCGAGAAUAACUCAACAGAAUGUUUUGAUCGAUAUCGCUAUAUCCUGAAUGUUUUCGUCAAGCACUUAUACCUGAGAUUGUACGGUGCAGAUGAAUGUUAA